AUGCCGCUCUCCAGCAGGCGUCGCACGCGCCGCAACGAUGUUCGCCUACAAGAAACAUCCGACGCGGAGGCCCCGGAUUCUUCUCCCAGCCGUCCGGCUAGCAAGAAGCGCAAGGUUGAGUCAAGACCGCCUUCAGGCCAAGUUCACACUCCAGAACCUACUAAUGCUGACGAUGCCGACCGCUCGUCGCCGGAUAAUGAUCUAUCGGCAAAUCAGGAUCUAGUCGAGACCGUCAUUGCGUCGCUGAAUGUUGCGAGGGAGGAGGUCAACGUGGUGCGUGAUCAUUCCAAUACCAGAGCCGAGAAUAAGCAGUCGAUCCGGGCAUAUGCAAAAAUCGCCGGCCGUGACUGGACCUACUACGUCAAAAGCCUACAUGUCAACAUUGGACGCCCUCCAGAUCGGGACCAGAAACUCGACGAACAGUCCAGUCCGGUCACAAUCGCCGCCCGUGCACUACCAGAGGUGCAUGUAGACCUGGGCCCAAGUAAAUUUGUGUCGAGGCUACAUGCCGAGGUAUUUUUCGAUGGCGAAGAGUCUGCUGCAUGGCGCAUUCGGGUCAACGGUCGCAACGGAGUACGAGUCAACAAUACGAUGUUGAAAAGAGGAUCGGACGGGGUGUUGAAGUGUGGUGACAUUAUUGAAAUCGCCAACACUCAAAUGAUGUUCGUCACGCCGGGCGACAAAGCCACCAUUCAUCCCACAUUUGUUGAUCGUGCUCAACGGAUUGCUGCCGGCGAAGAAGUGCCCUGGGACGCCUCGCACCAUGCUCACCCCUCCCAGGAUGCCCAAGCUGGUCGUCAGAACGAGAAUACCGCCCACACGAUAGCUACUUCCGGUGCUUCGACAGGGAAACCAUCGCUGGCACCUGCACCCCAAUUCCUGAAGCGCCAGGUUACUCCUCCUCCACGGUCUCCCGACACCGCCGGUGGACAUACCGCCAAGCAAUCCCCAUUGUAUAAUCGUGGUAUGAUGAUGGAAAGCACCGAAGAAAUCGACUACAGCCAAGAUUCUGCCAAAGAUCUCAAGCCACCGUACAGCUACGCCACCAUGAUCGCGCAGGCCAUCUUUUCAAGCGAGGAGGAGAAGCUUACAUUGAACAGCAUUUAUCAGUGGAUAAUGGAAAAAUACGCCUUUUACCGCCAUUCUCAGAGUGGCUGGCAAAACUCGAUUCGACACAAUUUAUCGCUCAAUAAAGCAUUUCAAAAGGUUCCACGGAGGACGGACGAACCAGGAAAGGGCAUGAAGUGGAUGAUUGCAAUGGAAUAUCGCCAAGAAUAUUGGAAGAAGCAACUUCGAAAGGGCAAUAACUCAUCGGCACCAUCUUCACCAGCUACUAAAGAACCUUCCUCAUCUCGCGGUACAAAUGGACAGGCUGGUUCUAGUUACGAAGGCAUAUUCUCUGCCACCAAAACCUCCCCCCAAGCGCCAUCACCUGGGUUUAGCUCAUUCUCGGUAGCCCCUGUUGAAGCUUACACUCCGGAGAGGGGCUCAAAGCUCGGACGAUCAGCACCUGACCUUCCACGCAGUGGUAAUGCCGAUUAUGAAGAGCCUUCUCCUCUUCCGACGCGAACACGCCACAACGGGGUCGCAGCAAACCGUGCCUAUGGUCUUUCUGACAAUGCGGCCGGUUCGCCUCCCGUCUUGUCUUCGUCGUACUAUGAUGAGGGACCAUCGUCGAUGAUCACCCCAGCUCCACAGCGACAGCAGCCUCGUCUGCCACCUCCCAGCACUGCACAAAUACCUUCCAAGUUCAUGCCCAUGAGCUCCCCGGCGCAAUUCUGGAAGUUUGCUGAUAUCGGGAGCACACCGGCGCGGCCGGUACCCGAUAUGAGCCCGUUGAAAGCAGGUGUUGGGGCGUUGGGUGAUGGGUUGAUGCCGAGCAGCAGUCCUCCUCCAGCGAACCUUGGAAGUCCUAGCAAGCCCGGUAUAUUGAGCGGAAGGACACUCGCACCAAUCAAGAGGGAGGAAGAGCACGAUAUUCAGCCCGCUCGAGCAGGUCCAGAUGAGGAUGAGGAGGAAGACGAAGGAUUUGAUUUGGCUCGGGGCUUUCAACCAAUCGGAUCUUAUCAUCGACAAAUCAACAAUUCGGCGCGAGCAAGCGCUACAUCUUGA